ACGCAACUUCCUGUAUGAUCACCUAAUCGUCUUACGCAAUAUAAAAGUAGAGCUCAACAAAAAAAUUUAAAAUCAGUUUAUUUUCUUCUAUAUGUGGUAGAGAGAGUUUAUUUUUAAAUUUUGGAUAUACUGCACUAUCAAUAUCUUUGAAACUUUGAGUGUAUACAUUCGCGAACUUCGUACCCCUUUCGCGCAUGAACACAUUGGCGAAGUCACUAGAAUUUCUCUUUCCGUCGCUCUAAUCGUGAGUUGAACAUGUCGUAUGCAGGAGAUAGAAGAAAUGACUGGCCUGCGGACGAGUCCAAAAAUGGCCCAGAAAAGGACGCAUAUGAAGGACCUCCAGGAAUGGAACCCGAUGGCAUUAUUGAGUCGAACUGGGAGCAGGUGGUUGAGAACUUUGAUGACAUGAAUUUGAAGGAAGAGUUAUUGAGAGGCAUUUAUGCAUAUGGUUUUGAAAAACCAUCCGCUAUUCAGCAGCGAGCUAUCAUGCCUUGCAUUAAAGGCCAUGAUGUCAUUGCUCAGGCACAGUCAGGUACUGGAAAAACGGCAACCUUCUCAAUAUCAAUCCUCCAGCUCAUAGACACUUCACUUCGUGAAUGUCAAGCAUUAAUCUUAGCACCAACCCGAGAGUUGGCACAGCAGAUCCAGAAGGUUGUGAUUGCAUUAGGGGAUUUUAUGAAUGCACAGUGUCAUGCCUGUAUUGGUGGGACAAAUGUUCGUGAAGAUAUGAAGAAGCUGGAGAUGGGUGUUCAUGUUGUAGUUGGAACACCAGGUCGAGUAAUGGACAUGAUUAACAGACGAGCCCUAAGAACAAAUAGCAUUAAACUGUUCGUAUUAGAUGAGGCCGACGAAAUGUUGUCCCGUGGUUUCAAGGAUCAGAUAUACGAUGUAUUUAAGACUCUUAAUCCAGACAUACAGGUCAUUUUGCUGUCUGCUACAAUGCCUGCUGAUGUACUUGAGGUGACAGGUUACUUCAUGAGGAAUCCUGUUCAGAUUUUGGUGAAGAAAGAAGAGCUUACACUUGAAGGUAUCAAACAAUUUUUCGUUAAUGUUGAACGUGAAGAUUGGAAGCUGGACACAUUGUGUGACUUGUAUGAUACUCUUAGCAUCACACAAGCUGUCAUAUUUUGCAAUACACGUCGUAAGGUGGAUACGCUCACUGAAAGUAUGCAUAAACGUGACUUCACUGUUUCAGCAAUGCACGGUGACAUGGAGCAAAGAGAGAGAGAUGUUAUUAUGAGACAGUUCCGAACCGGUUCGAGUAGAGUUCUAAUUACUACAGACCUUCUUGCUCGUGGUAUAGAUGUACAACAGGUUUCGCUAGUUAUAAACUAUGAUCUGCCAUCUAAUCGAGAAAACUACAUACACAGGAUUGGUCGAGGUGGAAGGUUUGGCCGAAAAGGUGUAGCUAUCAACUUUGUGACCCAAGAUGACAGGCGUACGCUGGAGGACAUUGAGAAAUUCUACAACACGCAUAUUGAUGAGAUGCCUAUGAAUGUAGCAGACUUGAUCUAAGUCUAGUGCUGUUCUGUAUUGCCUCGAGUUUUCUGAUGGCAUUUUUGGCCAGUCCGCCAGUGAGAAGAAAUUUUUGGAAAUAAAGAUCAAAAUUUCCUAAUUGAAGUCCAGCAAA